AAAAGAAAAAAAAAAGAAAACUGGAGUGGACAACUCCUGGUUACUCUCCCGUUGAGUAAAGUUAUGUAGGGUUUUAGCUUAGAGAUUUAUGUGUUUCUGUUAACUUACAUUAAAACAGCAACAAAUAACCUAAAUUUGAAAAUAAAAAUGUGGUAUCUGUGCGUAUUUUACCACAGGUUAUUAGAUUAUAGAAAACCAGAAGUUGAGUCUCUUUCUCAACUUUUUGGUGUUACAGAUUCAUCCUUAGACUGGAAGCUUCCUCUGCAUCACCAUCCCGAUUCGCCUUUUCACUUUGUCAAUCUUCCAAAUGAACAUAUUGCUGCCAACAUUGCCGAUCGAAGUAUACUGGUGAAAGGAAUGUAUGAGAUUUGGGGAGAGGGAGGUGACGGCGAGGAACUCAAAGAAGCUAUAAUGGGAUAUCCAGAUGAUAGAAAGUUACCCUAUUUGAGCCCUGAUUCCACUUUCAGGAUUAUUGUUGAUACCUUUGGGAAAGUACUUAGCUUUGACGAGCAAAAUCAGCGGAUUAAAGGGCUUGCUUAUAUUCCUUUCAAGGGACGGGUUAAUUUAAAAAACCCAGAGUACAAGUUCUGGCUCAUGGAAACUGAUAAUUACGGAGUUAAUAAUGGGUUGCCACCAGUUGCUCAAAGAAGAAUUUUCUUUGGCCGCGAAAUUGGCGGUGCUGAUAGGAAGCUGAUACCAACUUACGAGUUAAAAAGCCGCAAAUAUCUUGGCCCAACAGCCAUGGAUGCUGAAAUGGCUUUCUUAAUGGCUAAUCAGGGGUUGGUCACACCAGGAAAGCUCAUAUAUGACCCCUUUGUUGGCACUGGAAGCAUUCUUGUUGCUGCAGCUCACUUUGGAGCAAUUACUAUGGGAGCUGAUAUCGAUAUAAGGGUAGUACGUGAUGGACGUGGCCCUGAUUGUAAUGUUUGGAGUAAUUUCAAGCAGUAUGGAUUACCUUCUCCGGUUGGUCUUUUAAGGGCGGACAACAAUCUUCCUCCUUGGCGUUCUGGAUUAAAAGAGAUGUUUGAUGCGAUCAUAUGUGACCCUCCUUAUGGGGUUCGAGCUGGAGGACGCAAGUCUGGUGGGCGGAAAUUGCUGAAGGGAACUGUAGGGCCUUACACUGUUCCUGAUGACAAGCGAAGUGGCCACAUACCUUCAACCGGUGGGUAUUGCUUAGCAGAGUGCAUACAUGAUUUACUUGACCUUGCUGGUAGGAUGCUUGUAAUGGGGGGCAGGCUUGUCUGCUUUUAUCCUGUGUUAAGAGACGAUGAGAAUGUUGAAGUUCAAUUUCCAGAGCACCCAUGUCUUAAAUUGGUUGCCUCUUCCGAACAGAUCCUAAGUUCACGUUAUAGUCGUGUAUUGCUGACGAUGGUGAAGAUUAAGCCCUAUUCAGAUGAAAUCGGUGAAGCAGCCAGACUACAGCACUUGGAGUUCAAGGAAAACCAUUUGAAGUGGUUAGAAGAAGGUAAUCUAGUACAUUCUUCUGUUUUCGGUCCUGCUGAUCCUCAAAUAAAUGGAGUUGCUGAUUCCAAGUCUUUUAAAGAAGGGAAACAAAAAUACAGAGGAAAGUAUGUGUAGAGGCAAUUUUGUUAGAAUGAGGUGAGUAGCCUUUAUAGUAGGAAAAAGUAAACUUAUUUUACUUGCAACCCAUGUAUGGUAGAGUUGGGCAGGCAGUUAAAUACGGAAUUAUUGAAUCGUAGGACGUAUCGAGUUUUCUUAAUGUUUUCUUGAGGAUAAUGUAAUUUGAUAGUGUAAGAUGCUAUACUUUCAUUCUCAUCUUGUUGAUAAAUGGGGGUUCAUACGAA